AUGCCGCACAGCAGACGACCGGGCUCGAUGCUGCACCGCGUGCGGACCAAGCACGAGUCGAAGGCGUCGCAGUCGGCGCACCACCGCGCGCCGCAGCUCGUCGUGCGGUCGGCGCAUCACGGCCACGAGACGCUGCCCGUGGCCAUGGGCGGCACGGCCAUCGAGCGCUCGAUGGUCAACGUGGGCUCGAUCGCCGUGUACCACGUCCGGCCCGUGGUCGCGCUCGAUGCGAAGCACGACGCCAAGGCGACGGUCUUUGCCGUGCACGUGCAGAACGCCAUCACGGGCCGCAGUUGGGUCGUCCACCGCCGCUUCUCGGACUUUCUCGUGCUGCGCGGGCUCAUUACCGAGCACUUUAAGCUCUUUUACGCCGACUUUCCGCGCCUCGCGAGCCGCGUGAACGAGCUCUACUUCCCCAAGAAGCACACGUUCCGCCACAACGUGGACAAAAUCGUCGAGCACCGCUGCGACGCGUUCCUCGAGUUCCUCAUGGGGCUCCACCGGCUGCUCGUGUGCCACACGUACAUUGUCCACCGCGACAUCAGUCCCAUUGGCCUCUCCAUCCUGCGGGGCUUCCUCGGGAGCGCCAUCGUGCAGGACCCGAGCCACAAAGCCUACGCGUUCCACCGCCCCAUAUUGCCCAUUGAGCUCAAGCCGUCCGAGCGCACGCCAAUCCACCAGUGUGGGUCGCUCACGACAGUGCUCGAGGACGACGCCGAGUACGAGCUCGAGGCCGGCCACAAGGCCGAGCUGGACUCCGAGACGGACUCGAUGUCGCGCGACGGCUCGACUGAAGAGAGCCUGUCGAGCUCCCUGUCCGAAGACACGAGCGACGGCGACGACGUCGAGAUGACUGCGCGCAUGCGGGAGCUCGUCAACCGCCGGCGCGCGCACAAGUACGCGCGGAACCGCCGCGUGCUGCAUUUCCUGCGCAAAGACGUCUUGACGACCGACACGUGGUGGGAGGCGAACGUCGGCGUCGAGCACGACGAGCACGAGCCCGAGUGUGCGCCGCCGCCAGGCGACUAUGCGCACAUUGAGAAGAUGUACGUGCGCGCGACGGAUAUGGCGCUGCCGUCCGCGAUGAUGCGGAUCAUGGAAGCGCCCAAGCCGAUCUCGGCCUAA